AUGGUGAACACUCCCGACGAGACCAAGGACACGGCCGAGUCCCACGCCCCUCGUACGCCAUUGUUAUCUGCAGCCCUAGAAUCUUUUACUGAUGCCGACUCUAAAGCUCAAGCCGGCGACGCCCCCCCUGCUGAGGAAGGUGGCCUUGACCUCUCCCUCCUGAAGAAAAAGAAGAAGAAGAAGGUCAAGACUGAGGACGCUGAGGGCGACGCUGAUGCCGCCCCCGCCGAGGAUGGAGGUCUGGACCUGACCAUGAAAAAGAAGAAGAAGAAGAAGAAGGACGCAGCCGCCGAGGACGACGACUUCGCUGCCAAGCUCAAGCAGCUCGAGGUUGAGGACAAGGAGGAGGCCACGGAGGAAGUCGCCGCUGACGACGGCGACAUGGACGUCGGCACCGGAAUCUGGUCCCACGAUGAGACCAAGACUAUUAACUAUAGCUUGCUCCUCAAUCGCUUCUUCAGCCAGCUGUCGCAGAAGAACCCCGACCACGCCCUAAGCGGAACCAGAAGCUACAAGAUUCCCCCACCUCAGUGCAUGCGUGAAGGCAACCGAAAGACUGUCUUUGCCAACAUUGCUGAUAUCUGCAAGCGCAUGAAGCGAUCAGAGGAGCACGUGACGGCAUACUUGUUUGCUGAAUUGGGUACCAACGGUUCCGUCGACGGAAGCAGACGUCUGGUUAUCAAGGGUCGAUUCCAGCAGAAGCAAAUCGAGAAUGUUGUCAGAAAAUAUAUCAUCGAGUAUGUUACCUGCAAGACCUGCAAGUCACCAGACACCGAGCUCAACAAGGGUGAGAACCGUCUGUACUUCAUCACCUGCAACAACUGCGGAUCGCGUCGGUCCGUCACCGCUAUCAAGACUGGUUUCACCGCCCAGGUCGGAAAGAGAAAGAAGAUGGUCGCAUAA